CCUCUAAUUCCCCACACAUUCCCUCAUAUUCGUUCGCAACCGUCUGAGGAGCCAUUCAAAUUUACCUCUGCACACUAUAAUGGCGCGCAUUCCGUUCGGCCAACCAGGACCAGUCUCCGCCUGUGUCCUGCUAUUUGCUCUAUCGAGUAUAGUAGCUGCCACGACCAACAUCCCGGCCACCAUGACAAGCGCACGCGCCCUCCCACCGGGGCUCAGCAUGCGACAAACGCGCAAGAUCCAGCUAUUUGGUGACAUCUAUGCCCGCUGGUGUGUUAGCAACAGCGAAUGCCGCCCGUCCAUCGCGACAAUCCGAAUAUUGUAUCACAACGCAACGGCGAUGGCACGAACCCAGUUCCACAUGCAGCGGUUGCGUCGCCAGAGACACUGAGCGACACGAAAGAUCUUCAUUCUGUUGGCUGCCAUCGUAUUCCUGUUCCUCUUAGCCCUGGGUAUUGCUAUGGCGCGCGUAUCGACAAGUCGGCGACGCCAACAAGAGGAACAUAUUGCGCAGCAGAUCAUAACUGCUGCUCGUCCGCCCGAGACGCUGAACAAAUCGAUUCUCGAUAUCUUGCCCGUGUUUGAGGU